GUUUCCCAAACGAUGCAAAUCGAACUGGGUCUCAUAUCGGCCGUUGCGUUAAUGGGAGCUGCGAUCCAGUUCCGUGUGUUGACCAUGUUACAGUACAAGCUGAGGCAGAUAUCGGAGGAGCAUAGGAGAAAAGACGAGGAGCUCGAGCGAAAGGCGGCAGGCAAGUUCAAGACCGGAGGAAGGAUUUCGGUGGAGAGGGAAGAGUGGGAGAAGAGACAUGGGAGAGGGGAUAGUUCUGGGAGCGGUGGGAGCGGCGGGAGUGGCGGGGAUUUGGAAAAGGGUCUUGGUGGUGGCGUGGGAAGAAGGACUUCGAUAGCCGGUGUGCCGCUUUUGAAUCAGGAUGGGGGUACGUCCUCUCCUGGUACGCCUAGCUAUACGGAUCGACCUCUUUCCCUUUCCUCCGUUCUCAACUUUGGUGGUGGUGGUGGUGGGUGGACCGAUACCGCUCGAUUCUGCGUUGGUGGAGAAACCGUCUCAGGCUCCUGGCAUCUUACCUCCUAUGGAUUUGGGUACUCAAGUGAAGAGUCAGUUACCUGAGGAGUUGAUAUCCAAGACGUCGACGAUCGAUGAGCAUCCGGAGAUCAAGAAGCGGAUUCAGUUGAUUGAGGAGAUUAGAGAGUUGAGGAGGAGCAUUGGGAGUUUGGGUAGGAGCACGACGGAUAUGGGUGGUGGUGCGAUUACAGGUUAUGGUGAGAUUGACAGAGAUAGACAAGCGGCGCUGGAGAGGGCUGGUUCUGGAUAUGGUAUUGGUAGCAGCGGCGGCUACUAUAACGGUAACGAUAGAACGCGAGUGAAAUCGAUGAUCGCGAUGCCGACUGGACGUCCUCUUUCCACACCAUUACCUUAUCAACUCCACUCGUAUCAACAGUAUGGACCACAGCAGCAGCAGCAGCAACAACAACAAUCGUCGUCGUCCCACUCAGGCACGAUGACGCCUCCUGCUACGAUCAGGCGUCCUGGUAGUGCGCCCCUAACGAGGGGUGAAGAAUGGGAGACGUACGUUUCCGAGAGAAAAUUGUUUACGCCGCCUGCGGGUGUGACGGCUCCUAUCCAACCCUCACCUCUUCCGGAGGGUUUGAAGGCGAAUACUAGGAUUGUACCGUCUGAGGCUGUUAGCGCUGCGGUUGAGGAGAGGAAGAGGAGGGAGAGUUUGUUUGGGUUGGGGAGUGAUAAGGAUGCGAGUGGUAGGAAUUCAUCUUCGUCCGGUGGUGGUGGUGGUGGCGGUGGUGGAUCAGGACUUGGAUUGAAACUCGGAGGCGAGAAUGGUACCGGUCGGAGGUCGUCUUUGUUGGGUCUUGACUUCAUGUUGUCCAGUCGGACGGGUGAGGGUGGUCAGCCUGAGAGUCCUUCCUCUCCACCCCCUCCUCGUAUCAGUACUGGUGAUUCUCCAGUGACACCUCCCGUGGCAGGACCAUCUUCUCCAUCCCGAGGAACUCACUCGCAUCGACGAUCACGUAGUCUAGGGAACGUCUUUUCACGUCUGACUCUCAAUAAGAACGACCCGCCCGUCGUCCUCCCACCUCAACGUUCGGCUUCACCUCCACCUACCCCUCAACCACGCGUCGUGACGUAUGAGGAACUGCAAGAGCGACAUAAGGCGAAGAUGAAGAGGAUGCAGGAACCUAUCAGUCGUGCUGCAACGGAGGAGGCUACGCUUGCCGAAGCGAGGAGUCGAUGGGAACGAUCGAAGGCUAUCGAGAAGGAAGUUAUGGAGCGGAAGCUAGCUGAGGCUCAGGCCAAGUUGAAGGAUCGCGGUGGAGUUGGAACGAGGGUUGGUUCGCAUCGACGAUCGCUUUCGCAGACGCAAGUGCCGGAGCGGAACCCGCUUUCGUUGGAGAGGUUGAAGAGUGCGGCGGGUGGUGGUGGGUUGGGGAGGAUGAGCGCGUCGAGUAAAGUGGAGGAGUGGAGGAAGUAUCGGACGACGACGACGACGACAACGACGACUACUCCUCCUGCUGGUGCUGGUGCUAGGACCAGUGCUGAGGUUGAUGAAGAUCAGCCGCUGGCGCAAUUGCAGUCACAGCAGAAGGAUGUGGGUGGUGCAGGUAUAGGUGUUGGUGUUGGUGUUGGUGGGGCGCGGAGAAGGUCUGUGAGUGGGAAUCGAAUGUCGUUGAGUGGGGGGUUGGAAUAUGAACGGAGGAGAUCGACUAGCGGUGGUCUUCUUGGAGGUGUUGCUGCUGCUGCUGCUGCUGCUGCUGCUCCUACUGGCGUGCCACCUUCGUCGCCCAAGUGAUGGAGUUGGUCGUCGGUCAUCGUUCCGUGGUCACUACUAGUCUUUACAUGUCAGGGUGUGGGGACAGCCGUCAGCGUUCGACGACGUGCGAGUUCAACACACACACACGCUUAUUAUCACUUCCCGUCGAUAUCCACCCACCUUUUUUUUGUUGUUCUUUUUGGCCGCGCAUUUUCGUCGCCCCACCCCUCCAUUCGGUUCUCACACUCAUCUCUCCUCUGGUUCAGAGUUCUCGGCACCAUUACCUGCUUUUGCUUUCCGGAGCUAGGGAAGUAAGAGAAUAAUGAUGUCCUCUCUCCGCUCUCCCCAUCUUGCAUCCCUCCAC